AUGGACGUUGCGGUGAGUGGCAACGGAUUAGCGCCUGGAAACGCAGACGUCCAGGCGGCGAUCGAACUGCUACGAGAUGGUGUGCGCGGCGAGCAGGCGCGCGGCGAUCAGGAGACGAACAACUACGACAUGGAAGUCGGGAGGCAGGCAGUGAUGACAAGCGCACAGGGCAAGCAGGCCUAUAUGGGAGUGCUGGACGGCGUGGCCACGUGGAAAGGCCGAGUUGAGGCCGAGCUCGGCGAGCUGGACGUCGUCGAGGAGCACCUCAAACAGCGCGAGCAGCGGCUGGCCGAGUCGGCGAUGGCGCUGCGUGCCAUCAUCGCCAGCGCCGAGGGAGACCGUCACGUCUCCACGGCCAUCCCGGCCAGCGAAAUGACCACCCCGCUGUCGACGAGCUCGCGGAAGCGCAUCAGCCCCGACCAGACGCUCCCCUUCGCCGAGCACAGCGACUCCUCCGAGGUGAAGAAGCGAAGAACCCUCUCCUCAAUUUCGUCGAUCGUGGACACGGCCCGCUCGCCAAUGGAUUAUCACGCUGGAGGAAGCUGGCACUACACGACGCAGCCCGGAAUGGAUUCCGAAUACUACGUCGACCUCGCCGCCGCCUCCACCUGCCCCACCAACACCCUGAUGGAGGAAGACAGCGAC